GUGUGUGUCUAUUGGCUGCUGGGAGCGCUCUUGUCUCUGGAUGUGGCUGCUGUCAAAGGGUUUAUACUAUUAAAACUCCCCGAACUCCUCCAUCCUCCCUGACACUUGUUGCUGCUGCCUGCGCACCGCCGGGAGAGGCCACCUGAACCGCUUCAGCAUUUCCUUUGGGAUUUCCCGCGGGGAGUGAUGAACUCCAUCGACCCUCAGUCCCAUCACCAGCACCACCAACACACCUCUCCGACCGUCGGCUCUCUCCCACCUAAAGGCGCCCAGGAGGCCCCGGACAUGGCCGCUGUCUACUGCGACAACUUCAGCAGCAUGUACCACCAGCAGAGCCUCCAGGGCGCACAGAGACCCGCCGGCUACGGCCUCGGAGAUUACGCAUCGUCUCCAAACCCGUACCUGUGGCUCAACGGACCGGGCGUCAACUCCUCUGCAUCCUACCUGCACGGCAACAACCCGGCGUCGUUCAUCCCGCCCUCCUACGGCUCUCAGCGCCAGUUCCUAACAAACUCACCUGGCUUCGGUGGGCCCGACCUGGGCUGGCUGUCCAUCGCCAGCCAGGAGGAGCUGCUGAAGCUGGUCCGGCCGCCCUACUCCUACUCCGCGCUCAUAGCCAUGGCCAUCCAGAACGCGCACGAGAAGAAGCUGACCCUGAGUCAGAUUUAUCAAUACGUCGCCGACAACUUCCCCUUUUAUAAGAAAAGCAAAGCCGGCUGGCAGAACUCGAUCCGGCACAACCUGUCUCUGAACGACUGCUUCAAGAAAGUGCCGAGGGACGAGGACGAUCCAGGAAAGGGGAACUACUGGACUUUGGACCCAAACUGUGAAAAGAUGUUUGACAACGGAAAUUUCCGCAGGAAAAGGAAAAGACGGUCAGAUCCGAGCAGCGCAGGAGGAGCGGCGGCUGCAGCAGCUGGGGCCACAAAAGUGGAGGACGGCAGGCCGGUGGUGGGGGCCUCAUUGAAGCCUUCAGACAGUCCUCAGCUCCUGGGGCCGUCCUCGCCAGAGAUGGAGGCGAUGAACGAGAACCACAAGAGCUCGUUGUCUUCAUCGCCGUCCGGACUGGCCUCCGCUGCUCCGUGUUUUAAUAACUUUUACAGCAGCAUGUCGACGCUCAACUCGGGGGCCCCCAGCCGGCAGGGGUCCCUGGGACUGGUGAACGAGCUGUCAAACAGGAACAUUACGGCCCUGAGCCCUUACCACCUCAACCACGGUGGGCAGGACACGGGGACGUCAGAGCACGGCGAGGGCUUGCAUUUCAACCGUGGAGUGUACUACAACACGUUUGGCAGCGGGCAGGGCGGACAGUUCAACAGCCACUUCUACAACAGCUUCAGCGUCAACAGCUUGAUCUAUCCCAGGGAAGGGGCAGAGCUAUAGGAGCUGAUUUACCACAACUAAACACUGUUUAGGGACUCGCUGCUCGGUGAAUCCCUCUGAAACACACACACACACCUGCAGAGAGGUCAGAGGGCAGCAGCCCCUCUCCGUCACUGAUCAGUUCACUGGAGAUUAGAACCAGACUCAACCUGACAAACACUCAACCUGCGGAAAGAAAGAAAUGAGCACUUAUCUUUUUACUCUUCUUUUAAUCACUGUAUCAAAGCUCCCUUUGCUCUUAAUGCUCAAAUAUACCUAAAGUGAGACGACCAUUGAACACUUGUGUCUUUUGUAAAACAUUUCUUUGACUUUUCUUUUUUGGCAGUUUCAACAUAAACUCUCAGAAACCAACUCUGUCACGUUUAAGAUGUAAAUGUACGUUUCAAACUCUUCCAUUUGAUUCCAUAUGUUGAAACUGUUUGACUCAAAUCAGCCAAAGUUGCCUUUGUGAGACCGCCGUUACCUCAAAACGACAAUCAGACAUGAUGAGAUGAGAGCUGCCCUGCUGUAUGUUCAGACAGCUCCAUGCAGUAACAAUUGAUUUAACACGAUCCGAGGAAGGGCUCGCCUUAUUUUUGUAUCCUUCACGUCGACUGAACCCACAGCACUUCAGCUCAUGUAAACACACGGGGACUUUAUAAAUGUGUAUUUUUGUAAAUUAUAAAGAUAGUUUGUGACUAUUUAUGCUAUUUAUGCUCAUAGGCAUUGUUUACUACUGUGGUCUGAACAUAGUUUGAUUAAAGCAGAAGUGAAUGAUAUCAGCUUACAAAAGGCGCCGAAAACAGUAUCACUAAAACCCAGAUGUCAUAAAUAUAAAUAUAUAUUAAAUACUAUAUAUCAUGGUUUCUCUCAGGAUUCAGUGGGACAAUCAUUGAAUGGCUUUUGUAUCUAUAAUUGUCUUUUUUUUAUCUUUAUACAGUGCAUACAGCUCACAGGCAGUUUCAACUGUGACUAUUAAUAAAUAUCAUGUGGUCUCUAUUGUAUUGUCAUGCAUCAUUUUCAAACAGGGCAUCAGUGUAUUCAGGGCGUCAUUAUCAUCUGAAUGCAUACCCAUCAAUGUACUUUAAUCUCAUAUUUAAUUACUUCUACUCCAUUUCAGCUCAAUGCAGCCUCUUUCUGUCUGCAUGAGUUUGUUCUUCUUUACCGUGACCUUGUUCUUCAGUUAUGUCUGUGCUCUGAACUAUAUCCAAAGAGUCU